AUGUCACACUCCGUGCCAGUGUCAUCGGCCACACUACCGUCCUCGCCAGGAUCGUCAUCACCAACGACAGAGGUAGAGAGGCUGCGGCUAGAAACAACACCCCUCCUUACUAUCGCCUCCCAGUCUACAGGAGCGACAACGACAGCAGCUACUCAAACGCCACAGUCGACACUCCGCCGUGCCAGGUUCAGUGAUCUCGCUCCUGCAGCGCACACGUGUACCCUUGCAUUCUGGGACGAAGCGCUCUUCGGCAAUGUGAUUCACCCCCGGCGCGCCACAUAUCCUGGUGACGUCAACAAGUACUGGUACCGUCGGUUCGUGGUGGAUUGGUGGGACUGGAGUCAUGUGUUCCUCGUCACGACUGAGACUGUGCCUGUGAAUGACGAAGGUGACAACGAUGAGGACGGACCGGCAUCGGGAUCGAAAGAAAAUGUUCCUGAUGACGAGGACGAGGCUGUAUCUACCAGAGCCUACCAAACCAACACCAGCCGCAAAGGAGGAUCCCCACAGCCACUCUUCACGUCUGAGCACCUGGCGAAGAAGAAGCGGAAGGAUGCUGAAGUCAUCACGGGCUUUGCGCAUUGGAGCCGUAUCGCACCGAGUUGGAGGGAGAAUUACCAGGCCGGCUGGGGCCUGCGGUGGUGGGAUCCGAGACGCCUUCUCAAACCCAUAGCAUCAAUGCUCGUCAACUUGUGGGCGCUUCUCUCUCCCAACCGCGCAGCCUCGCCUGAGAAUGAAGACGUCCUCGAACGCUCGUACAACUUCCUCGACCACGUCUGGACGGGCGAGCGUGCCGAGUCAUGGUACCUCGAAAGUCUGGCGGUACACCCGUCCUUUCAAGGCCGAGGCUUAGGACGGGCCUUGGUGGCCUGGGGCCUCGAGCAGGCAUGUGAAGAGGGGAUCUCAACCAGCGUCAUCGCCGCAGACGGCAAGGAGCCUUUCUAUCAGAAGUGCGGCUUCGAUGUUGGUCCUGUGGCGAGGUCGGGCGAAGGGCAAGGGAACCCGUUGAGAGAGGUAGCCGGCGGAUUGGCCUUUUUCAGAGACAAAGCCGGGGUGAGAAUCGAAGCUCGGGAGCCGGGACCGUGGAUGGAGGGGUUUGGGGUGUUUGAUUGGGAGGAGUGGCAGAGAAAAACGUUUGGAGGAGAACGAGUAGAAAAGAAGUGA